AUGGCCGUUACGCUGCACACAACCCACGGCGACCUCAAACUCGAGCUCUUCUGCAGCGCCUGCCCCAAGACGACCUACAACUUUCUCGCCCUCUGCGCAUCCGACGCCUACAAUGACUCGCCCUUCCACCGUCUCAUCCCGUCUUUCAUGAUCCAAGCUGGCUCCCCUGCUGCCACUUCAACCAAGGACAGUCCCAGUGUCUAUGGUCAGCCUUUCGAAGAUGAGAUCAAAUCCCAACUCAAACACAACCAGCGCGGCAUUCUGAGCAUGGCCAACAAGGGUCCCAAUACCAACGGCAGCCAGUUUUUUGUCACCUUUGACAAAGCCCCUCACCUCGAUGGAAAGAACACUGUCUUUGGUCGCGUAAUAGAAGGCUGGGACACUCUCGACAAGAUGGAAUCUGUCCAGGUCGACAAGAAGAACAGACCCAAGGACCCCAUUCGCAUCCAAACUGUCCACGUUCAUGCCAAUCCUAUCGCCGACGAGCAGAGAUGA